AUGGCUCAAAGCAACGCAGGCAAUAGCGCCCCAGCAGGCACUGUGGGUGGUCCUGCACAGAUUGCUCCAAGUACAGCAGUUGGAAAUAAUGACAAUAACUUGCCUGGUGCCUGGAAUCUUAUUAUACAGAAGGCCCAGUCCAAAGAGACCUAUGUUGCCAUGAAAAACGCCUUUAAUGCUGGAUCCGACAGCAUGCAAGCCGCAACGACUUUCUUUAUGGAACUAAAUGAAGACAUCCGGAACUACAAUGUGGAGAAUCAGGCAGAUCGAGAAAGGGGUGUAAUCCCUGAAGGUAAAUACGAGGCGAUGUACGAUAAAUGGAUCGCGAAAUUCGAGGCCGCCAAGUCUAAUCAAGAUGCGGAAGCGGCGUGGGGAACAUAUGAUGACACAUGCAAAGAGUUCUCAUCGUUCAAUAAGCAGCAUGGUUUACCUGAGCAUUGGCUUUUUAGCUCUGAACUUGUCGAACGGACCUUUGGCCCCCGGUCUACUGGCGGUGCUAGUGGCGGUACUAGUGGCGGUACUGACCCAGUAGGCAUAUCUAAGGAGGGCAGGUUAUGGCGUGGAAUUAUCCAUGAUAUGGAGAACAAGCUGUUGUUCCAGGAGAUGCUAUUGGAGUUGGAGAGUGUUGACUCUAAUAUGGAAGCCACAACAAGGUUCUUUGCCGAAUUUAACCAGGAAAUUCGCAGGUAUAAUAGGGUGGCUGAUGGACAUGACCACGACCAAGGUAUACUCCCCGAAGACGGUUACAAGGAAAUUUACGACGAGUGGAUGACGGCUUUUAAAAAGGCUACGGCAGAGAAUGACUCGGGUGCGAUGUUGAGUGCUUUCAGUCAAGCAGCCAGCAAGUUCGAAGCUUUCAACAGACACCACAAGUUACCUGGUUGGACCAUUGGGAGUCGGAUUCUUGAAGACGCUCUUGGAGUUGUUGACGCACCAAAACUGGAAACAGAUGAGGAGAUGCUUCAUAAUAUCGCACAGCAUCCCGGAAGCGAAGCUGGCGAUACCGACAUAACUGAACUUGAGGAAUUAGAGGAGGAAGCGAGGAAUGAUGCGAAUUUAUCUGGAGGCGAGGUGCUUUACUGGUGGAAACGGGGCGUUGGCUCCCAGGCCUUAGUGCGUUACGGCAGCGGGCGCUGUGCUACAUACCGCAUCCGAGCCGGCGCAAAUGUGACUUAUGACCAAAGCUGUGUUCCUCAGGUUCUUUCAUCAGGUGCACUAUCUACUGACCCGCAGUCGAAAAGCUCACGUGGCCGUGAAAAGGUUAGUGCUAUUACUGAGUUUGGCACAGUCGAGGAAAAAUGGAGGUAUAACAGAGGCGAUGUUCGCACAAUUCUGGCUGUAGCAUGGAAAGUUGACGACGAUGACGAAGAAGGGAUUGAACCACUGGACCUGCUCUGGCCAGAGGCUUACGCCGUUUAUCCCUGUACCAAGGCUAUAAUUAUGUGGAAAGAUAAAGUGGUUACGCUGGAAGACCGGGCGUUCCUUCGUCGCGCCAUCAAAGGGUCUAGUCUUCAAAAAGCCCAAGUUAUCUACCAGAAAGCGCUGAAGCAGGAAAUACGUUAUCGGAGAUCUGAGGGGCUACCAUACCAGCAUCUGCUCGACGAAAAUCCGAGACGAUCAAUUAUGAGGGAUGAAGAAGCGGAAGAGCAAGAAGAGGAAGACGAGGAAGAGGAAGAGGAAGAGGAUGUGGAGUUAACGAAUGUCAGUGCCCUAUCUAACCAUGGCGGAUCCGUGCGUCCUGCCAGUGCUCGUAUCCCUAGUGCAAGCCGCUCUAGUAUGCAGCCAGGCUUGCAUCCUGGCCGUUCAGGCACUAGCCAGGUUCGGAUUGUUGAGCCAACACGCCAACCUUCCGCACGGCCAGCCUCGACACGGCCAGCCUCGACACGUGGGACUCCUAGGUCCACAUCAAAGAGCGUCUCAAGGGAAACGGACUCUCGAGAUGGGGAGAUUCGCUGGUUGCGGGAACAAUUAAAUAUGUAUGAAAGUGAAAGAAGAAUCAACUAUCAGCCUGCCUCAAAACGGGGAAUGAGCCGAAGUUACGACCAAGUCUAUGAUGCCAGAGAGUCCGAAGUUUCCGAGUUCACACCACAGCCACGACGGCAUCGUCGACGAGUUCAGCAAGGCCAAGUUUGGGACAACUGGAGCGGAAGAUGGAUUCCCACCAGGAGAGUGACCUAA